UAAAAGAAAGAAUCAUUUCAUAAACUGAUUCGGUACAGUUCGUUCACUAAAAACGAACUUCGUUCGCGAACGAAACAACGCUACCCGGCAUGCCUCGCGCCCUCCUUUUCUUCCUUCUUCCACGAGCAGGAUGACGACGAGCCGUCGCGGCCCGCAGACUCCGAACCGAACCUGAACGCCGAACCCCGAAUGGCGGCGGCGCAGCGGCUGCAGGCGGAGCGGAGGCCGAGCGAAUUGUCUCUUGUUCGGCCUUGAUGCCAACGCGAGCCGGACCGAGCCACCGUCCCAGCCCGGUGAUGUGAGGACCGUCCGUCGGUCCGUCCGUCGAUUGACGAACGCCCGCAUCGGAAGUUAGCUGUGACGCUCGUGGACCUGACGGGAAGACCUCGUCUGUGACGUCACACAGCAUCUGGAGGCUGUGGAUCGUCUCGGGAAUCCCAGCCUCGAUUUUGGACCGACCCGCGUUGUUACCCGAAAAGCAUGCCGGGAAGUGGCGAACCACGGACGGUCGCUGGAGAAGCAAAACGUCGCGCCGACCUCCGAACGAGAUUUGACGGCUUCCAAGCGAAUCGAGCGACAACCAGCCGUACGUUGUCAUGACGUCAUCGGAUGUAGUCUUCCCGAGCCGGUUUUCAGUUCACCGAUGAACCCGGCGCACAAAAAUCCCCUGAAGUGAACCCUCACAAAUUGGCACUUAUUUGUGGAUUUUUGGGGGAGGCGAUUGCUCAAUCGUUCACUGGGAGCUCACCUAUGCACAGGUGUCGUGCGCCAUUUUGAGGCUUCUUGGUGCCUCAAAAAAGACAGAAGUAGUCGUUUGCCGCCAUCUUUGGGCGUCAAAUGCAAAUCCUUUUAAGGGUUACUCUUCGAUUUCGGGCCCUGUCCCCCACAAAAGGGUCGGGGGUCACCGCGCAGUGAAGCGAUCGGGGGGCAGGGAACGAGCGGACCGUUCCCAACGUGGCCGCCUUUCUCCGGGUCCCCUGUCGCGAGACGGGAAGCGAUGCGCCCGCACUUCCCACGUAAGCCGUCGCGGGCGCCACGUGGGAGCGAAAGAGCCGGCCGCUGAUCCCGAUCGACGCCCGCUCCUGGUAGAAACGCCUCGGGCGCUAGAAGUCGACGUUUGCGUGUUUCGGGCCUUCCGGGCGGCGUCAUGGAGCGCUCGGGCAGCAUCCAGCUGGACGUCCCGGACUUCAGUAAUUCGGUCCUGUCCCACCUGAACCAGCUGCGGGUCCAGGGGCGGCUGUGCGACAUCGUGGUCCACGUUCAGGGUCAGAGUUUCCGGGCCCACAAGGUGGUCCUGGCCGCCAGCUCGCCCUACUUCCGGGACCACAUGUCCCUGAGCCAGAUGAGCACCGUGUCCCUGACUGUGAUCCGCAACGCGUCCGUCUUCGAGCAGCUCCUGGGAUUCUGCUACACGGGCCGCCUGCGCCUGCAGCUGCGAGACAUCAUCAGCUACCUGACGGCCGCCAGCUUCUUGCAGAUGCAGGAAGUCAUCGACCGCUGCACGCGCAUCCUGGAGGGGAUCCACCUCAAGAUCAGCCUGGCCGACCCGGACCGGGAGGCGGCGCCGCGCCCCCGCGGCCUGGAGGCGCCCGUCGGACCGGCCCGCCGCGCCGAGGCGUCCGGCCGGGGAGAGGAGCCGCGCGGCCCGGAACCGGCCCCCCGAGAACCGGUCCUCCGUGUCGACCGGGCCGGCCGGUGGUACGUGGAGAACUCCGGCGAGGCGGACGAGGGGGCCGACGGGGUCGCCGUCAAGACGGAGCGGGAGGAGCGGCGGAUCGGGGCGGACGCCGACCGGAACGAGUCGGGGCCGGCCGACGAGGGCGUGGCCGGCGACGCGUCGGGGAGCUACGGCGGGGCGCGGCCCUCCGGCGGCCACGGCGACGCCGACAGGUGGAGCCCGUCGGGCAGCGUCGUCGUCCUCGCCGACCAUCAAAGAGCCAAAAGCGAAUCUCCGAGCAGAAGCGAAGACCUGCGACACGCCAACUCCCAGGGUGAGGAGGCGGCGGCGGCGGCGUACGAGGAUUACGCCAGGGACCCGGUGGGCGAGCGCUGGUUCCGCUACAACCCGCGUCUGACCUGCAUCUACUGCUGCAAGUCCUUCAACCAGAAAGGAAGUCUGGACCGCCACAUGCGUCUGCACAUGGGCAUCACGCCGUUCGUGUGCCGCCUGUGCGGGAAGAAGUACACGCGCAAGGACCAGCUGGAGUACCACAUCCGCAAACACACGGGCAACAAACCCUUCACGUGCCGCCUGUGCGCCAAGAGCUUCCCCUUCCAAGCCAUCCUCAACCAGCACUUGCGCAAGAACCACCCGGGGCACCACGCCCAAAGCGCCUCACCCGAGACCACCACCGCCUCGCUCAGCGCCAGGGGGGCCUCCCCGGGCCAGGACGACCCCGAGGGCGCCGGGGCCGCGUACGGGGAGGGCCCCCAUGCGUCCGUCUCCACCACGGGGCCCGACUGACCCAAAGCCGACGCCGCCCGGUGGGAACCCGAGGGCGACGGGCGAGGGCGAGGGCGAGGGCCCCCGGGCGUCCCGCUCCGCCGCAGGGCCAGACUGGCGCAAAGCUGACGUCGCACAGGACGGCCGGCGGCACCGCUUCAAAAGCGUGAAUUGAUCGGAUUUCUAGUGGAAACAUUUUACUGUACUUCUUGGAAGACAUUUUUCAAAAUGUUCAGCAUUUUUUUUACACUUAGAAAAAAUCAAUCGAGUCUACAAAUAAGUAAAAUAAUCUUUUUGUCUUGCUGAAAAGGUAGAAAAAGUACAGAAAUAGAAAUCGGAUCAAUUCACGCUUUUGCGUCAGUCGGGACGCUCGGGGGCGCUCGUCGGGAGCCGCGAGUUGUCCGUCUCCGUCGCGGGGCCCCACCGACGGAAAAGCAGACGGCCGCGCUCGCCUCGAUGGCCGCGCCGUCUUAUUCAGCGAAUCGCGUCCUUCCUUUCUGCCUCCCGACAAUCCAGCCAGCGUAAAGGCCUGAAAAGCCGGCCCCUCUGUUAGCAUUUGCGUUAGCAUCCGUGCUAAUCGCACAUCGCAUGACCGCCGUCGUUGAGUUCGGGUCUCAACGGACCAAAGCUGACCUCAUGUAAGCUGAUACGCUCAGUUACCUCUCGUCACCACUGGGGGCGCCCAGCGGUCAUCUUCACACUGACACUUCCACUUCUUGGCAGGAAUAUCGUGAGGAAACAGUGCUAGUGAAAACUGCUCAAAUAAUGUCCUCACCUUGCUAACAUCUGCCAACAGUAGCUGGCUAGCUAGCAAGCUACGUCAAGUUGGCUGGCGAGCCCCCGGACGCGCACAGCUAGCUUGCUUCAGUUCUCGCUGAAAAAUUGCUAGCUGAGCAGCUAACAGCUAAUAUACGAUACUAACAGAGCUACCUAGCUUCAUCCUUCUGGCAACCAAAGCAAAGAUGGCCGCCGAGCAACUUCAGCACUUCAAAGACUUGAUACAAAAAAAGACUUUGGGACUUUCAAAACUGGUUCCAAGUUGACUCCUUAAGCGUGACUCGUUGAAAUUCAUUAGGACUGAAAAGGGAACUAAACCCAAGAUGUCAGAACUGUCUGUCCUAUUUCGGAUGCGCACAUCAUCUUUUUCAGCUGCUGUUGACUUCAAGAUACGACGUAUUUAUUCUAAAAAAUAAGUUGAGAACUUCUUGCUGAUGUGAAGCGUAAGCGUCAGUUCUGUCUUAUUAUGCAGUUCUAUUUACGAAGAAAACCAUAGAGAGUUCGUGAAUAGUCCGCAACGACAAGCUACCCGUUGUCGGACGGAAUCCCGACCGGCUCGACGGCCGCCGUCGCGGCCUCGUCGGAGUCCCGCCCGAUAUUGCCGUCGCCAUCAACGCGACACCAUCCCCAAAUCAUGUUCAAUCGCUAAAUUUAAUACGCCAAAAGAAUCGCUAAUGAAGUACGCUAUCAGCCGGCGGCGAAAAUGAGCUUUGACGCCGCCACAGUUGCGGUUCCCCCAGAGACCGUUCGAUCCAUUUUGCAUAAAGCGAGCUUCCGUGAAUGAAGCGAACCCAACUCCCAAAAAAUCCUGACUUGAUCUUGCGGGUCACUGCUGAGCCUCACAGUCCAAUUGAGGGCUGUAGUAGCAGGUGGCCCUCUCCUCGCGCUUGGCCAUCACUGGAGGUCCGCGGACGAUGUUCGUCAAUUAGCCCGUUUCAUUCUUAUUCCACAAACGCAAUAUUCAUCCAAGUCGCGUGUUUUGAACAAUGCUGGCACGCACAUACUUAUUCUUGUGUGAAACCUUUUUUGGGUUUAGUUCCCCUUUUAGGAGUGGUUAGGACUUGUCUUGAUUCGCUAUAACAAGUGAAGACUUGUUAUUGUUACCUUUUUUAUUGUUAUUAUUUUUGAAUGCGAAGACAGGUUCUGGGCUCCCCAGAGUCCGCCAAGUGGACCGGGCGGGUGGGCGGGACUGGACUCGCGCACGUAGCAGAGCGCUAAAGCGAACAAACCUCACUCGUACAAAACCACAACACCUCAACCUGAGCCACGCUAGGCUCGCCUCCUCCCGACACGUUACCUCACACGUCCGUGUCAAAGAUCCCGGUGCACCACGCAGACCAGGUCUCCGCACGCACGUACGCCCGCUCACGUGCCCCGGUCUGCUCUCGUCGGCUCAAACCCUUUCUAGUCCAUCUUGGCCUGUUCUCAUCCCUUUCGGUCUGGUCCGAUCCAGUCUGGUCUAGUCUAGUCCUUUCAGCGGUCUCGGUCUAGUUGUUGUCUGGUAUCUCACCUGAUCGACCUUCGCCCUUUCUAGUCCAUCUUCGUCUGUUCUCAUCCCUUUCGGUCCGGUCCGAUCCAGUCUGGUCUAAUCCAGUCGGUGCGGUCUCGGUCUAGUUUUCGUCCGGUACCUCACCUGAUCGACCUCCGACCUUCGCUGUUUUUUGACUCCGCCCCCUGCGGGUCGUUCGGUUUAACUUUAAAAAAAAAAAAAAAUGUUUUUGAUCGACUGAUCCUUUAUGGAUAUUUUAACGAGCAGGAAGUGAAAAUGUUUGUUGAGGGCGGAGCCAAAGUGUCAAACUUCUUUCACGUGCAACAAAUAAAA